ACACUGCUGCUAACAUUUUUGCAUCGCGCCGCGGACCAAAAAAUGACCAAAAUAAUUGUGUUUGUUUUAUUUUUGGUUGAUUCAUUAAUUAAUUAAUAGCGGUAAAUACGAAAGAGCAGCAGCAAAAGCAGCAAACACUGUUUCGCGGCCGUGGCAGUCUCAUACCAAGUGUAAAAAGACAACAAAAAAGUAGAAUAAAAGCAAACGGUACAAAAAAUAAGGAGCGGAGCAGCAGCAUCAGUGAAGAAAGAGAAGCAUCAGGCAGUCACACGACGGCGACGAUCAGCAGAGAGCAGAGAGCAGCGCAACAGGAACCACCUCAACCUCUCUGUCACUUUACCUCUCUCUCUCUCUCUUGUGCACUCUUGUUCCCGCUGCCCAUCGAAACGGGUGAAGAUGGCCACCUAAAAUAAAGCUACAGAUGUUCGUAGUUUGCUUCAAAGAAAGAUCCUACUAAACCAUUGAGGAUCGAUCCAUGGGAUAAAAAAAUGAAAGCAAAUAUCCUAGGGAGAGUAAAUAUGAUAAUAUCCAGCGCUACGAUGGGCCUCGUGGCGCCCAGCCGCCGUUUAUUUGCAACGCAUCUCAGACGCUAAACGCCAAAGAGGAAGGAAGGAAGAAGGAAAAUCAUAAUAGAAACCGCCAGUCGCAGCGGUGGGCCUGGACCAGGGCCAGGGCCAAUAUCCCCCUUCCAAACGCCACCCGUCCCCACCCACAAAUGAGGAGGGUUGGCAACGACGGGCCAACAACAGGUUGAGGAGCAGCGCCUAAGCAAAAGCACCAAACAAAUCAAAAGCAAAUGCUAGAGCAAAAGCAAAAGCAACAGAAAGAAGCAGACAAAUAAAGCAGAGAAAAUCACCCAAACCGCAGAAGCAGCAAGCAGAGGCUAGCGAAAGAGAGCGGCAGACCGACCGGGCAGGCGUGAGAGUAAAAGAAGGAGAGAGUAAUCCAAUCAAAAAACCAAACACAAACGCUGCAGCAGCAGCACAGCAGCAGCAGAAGCAAAAUGUUACAAAACUCGAACGCAGCUGCAGCGACUAUGGCGCAGGCUGCAUCGGCCGUGGCCACACCAUCGAAUGCAGCAGCAGCGGCAGCGGCUAAUAAUGCUGCAAUUGCCGCCUCAUCCAUACAGCCGAAGCUGAUUGUCAUACGAAGGCGUCCGAAUCAGGGCUUCGGCUUUACGCUGCGUCACUUUAUUGCCUAUCCACCGGAAGAUGAUGCCAACGCAGCAGCGGCAGCGUCAGCCGGCGUCACCAGCUGGUCACAGGAAGCAUCCACUGGAGGUGGCAGCAACAGCAACAACAGACACAGCCACAGCGGCAGCAGCAGCAGCAAUAGCAACAGCAACAACAGCGCUGCCGGAAUGGAGCCACCAACAUCACCGACAUCGCUGCCGCCAUACCAGGUGAAAGCGAUGGAGACCAUUUUCAUCAAAGAGGUACAGGCGAACGGACCGGCCCACUAUGCGAACCUCCAGACGGGCGACCGUGUGCUGAUGGUCAACAAUCAGCCGAUAGCUGGCAUUGCCUACAGCACCAUCGUUUCGAUGAUCAAGCAAACGCCGGCGGUGCUCACGCUGCACGUUGUACCCAAGGAAUGCGAUGUGCUACAAAUGCACUAUACAAGCAUUGCCCAUACGCCGGAAUCGAAUCGGUUGACAAUGUCAACGCACUCGCCAUCGCACGGGCAUGGGCUGGGGCAUACGCUGCUGGCCAAUGGAACGACCAAUGCCACUGUCCACAAAUCCACAUUUCCACAGCAGCAACAACAACAACAACAACAACAGCAGCAGCAGCAACAGUUGAUCUCAUAUCCCGCUGUGGCUGCCACAUCAUCGCCGGCAUCAUCGCCUCACCAGCAUCAGCAUACGCACACGUAUCCGCAUCCUGUUCCAUCACAUCCUUCACAUGGACAUGCACCGUCCCUGCAUGGUGGUAGCCGAUCUGGUAGCAUAACCAGCACCACCAGCGGAGGUGUCGUCUCCUCCAUGAGUCACCAUCAUCAACAGCAGCAGCAUCAUCAUCAUCGUCAUCCGGCUCUCAGUGGAGGCAGCAGUAGCAUUGAUUUCGGAGAUAUGGCCCUUGGCCUGCGUCAGCAUCCGCACCAGCAUCAGCAUCUCUAUCAGCAGCAGCAGCAGCUUCAUCAUCAUCAUCAGCAGCAGCAGCAGUUGCUCUCCACUGGCGGCGGCAGCAGUGGCGCCUUCAUGCGUGCCAAUCAGCCGCCGAAUCUAACAGUAUUAUCAGGAACAGGCUCGAUCACGGCCACCUCCUCCAGCCCCACGACCAUUGCACGGCAAUCAAAGUCCGGCAGCGCCCUAAGUCAGGCCCUGUAUGUGAGCCAUGCCGCCUCCGGCUCUGGUGGCGGCAACGGUGGUGCAGUUGCCAGCGGCGGCAGCGAUAACAGUGACCUGAUGAUCCGGCUGCGUGAGUCCAUCAAGCAGAAGGAGGAAUUUCUCAAGUCGCCGGUGCCCAACACCAUUAGCUCCAGCUCCUCCUCCUCCACCACCACACCUGGGACCAAUGGGAAUCAGGCGCAAUCGUCGCCGGCUCAACAGCAGCAGCAGCAGCAAACGCCACAACAGCAGCAGCAGCAGCAGCAACACCAUCAGCAUUUCUUUCCCUCGCACACUCCGCCAGGAGUGGCAGCAGGUGCUCCAAUUGUUCCACCGCCACGCGGCCGCCAUCAGGUGCUCAUGAAGCAGCAGCAGCAACAGCAGCAACAGCAGGGCAGCUUCGACAUGUACUAUGCAGGCGGCAAACUAGUGCAACGUUCCUCGACGGUGCCCAUACAAGCAUCGUCCAGCUCAUCCACACAUUAUCAUCACAUUACCCAGCUACAGAAUCAUCCACAGUAUCAGCAGCAGCAGCAGCACCACCCACAACAGCAGCAGCGACAGGUGCAGAUGAUCAAUAAUAAUGCCAAGUAUUCAAAGGAUUUGGAUUACUUUGAGACACUCCAAGAGACCGGAGUGACCAAUAAAGUCUUUGAGCGCAAACUGGUGUCCCAUAUGUCCAUGGGUUUUGAUCCUUUUAAGCCGCUGUCGAUCAAUACCAGCGCCUUGGAGGCGGCAUCGGCAUCCACAAGUGCAGCAGCAGCUGCAGCCGCUGCGGCCGCUUCGACUGUGAAAAAGCAGAGUGUCCUAUACGAGUCAUUGCAGCAGCACCCGCUGGCCAAGUACCAGCAUCAGCAGCAACAGCAACAGCAGCAGAGCACGAAUACUGUGGAUGGACAGACGAGCAGUCGCAUGGAGCUGCAUAAGGCAACGCUGGCUAAUGCCACCAUUGAUGCCGCCACACCGUUGGUGGUUAACAAGUUUAGCGCAAUGCCGGAGCAACAGCAAGCAGGAGCCACCUUGGCAGAUAUUUCCGAGAGCAGCAGCGCAGCAGCUGCUACUGCUGUUGGCAGCUCAAGUGCUGGUGUGAUAAGACGCUAUAAGCCGUUGUCCUCGAGCUCCUUUGACGAGGGCAAGCCAAUGCGUCGGAUCUCCUAUUUGAGGGCCACCAAUAACGAGACCGAAUUCAAUCCUGAUGCAGCAGCCACAGGAGAUGCAGCAACAGCAGCAGCAGCAGCAGGAACAGGAACAGGAGCAACUGUUGCCCCAGCUUCCAUACCAAUUCCAGUUGCAAUACCCCUUGUGGAGCCACAAAAGACCAAAUCAUUGGUUGAGGAACAUCCCGAUCCCACCUACGAUGUCAUUGGCGGCAACACUGGCGGCGGUCACGAGUUCAUUGAGACACCAAAUGGCCUAGAGGAUGUGCGUCUAUCGGCUCAUGGCAGCAGUCGCAGGGCCUCCAUGAGCAGCGAUAUGCGUAGCAGCAUCCACAUUGAUGCCGAGCUGAAUGGCAAGUAUGUGCCCAAUGAACUGGAGGCAUUUGAGACGGAAAUUGAAAUUAAAUCCUCCUGCAUCAAUGGCAAGCGCAUGUCCGAGUAUCGUUCGUGGCGUCAGGUGAAGCUGGAGAUCAAGGGCGAUCUGCUGCGCAUCUACUCGGGGCGUCAUGCCAAGUCGGAGCACAAUGUGAUAGAACUUGAUAUUAGAAACUUUAAGUUCUUCGACGAGUCGCUGGAUAAGAAAAAGUACUUGAUACGCAUGCAAUCGAAGCCAUCGCCGAGCGGUGCCCACUUGGCGAGUCUCGGGAAUGAGCUCAAUCUGGAUGAUGUGCAUGACAAGUUGACCUCAUCGGGCAGCAGCAGCGCCAAUGAACCAAUGGCAGCCUCCUGCAACAGCAGCAGCGGCACUGCCACUGGCACUGGCACCGGCGGUGGUCCCUACACGGAGAUACUCUUCAAGACCAAGAACAGCAACGAGAUGAAGCGACUUUUUGGGUUGCUACAGUGGAAGGAUAGCCUCAACUAUGAUGAUAAUGACCAACCGCAGCAGGGCAAACAAUUGGCAGAGCCACAAAAGACGGUGGCCACAGCCAGCCACUAUCUGGAUGAUGUGUCUGGUGGCGCUGGCGUGGAUAGCUCGCCGUUGAGCUCACAUUCGGGUGGCGGGGGCAUGGCGGAGGGGCAUCAUCAUGUGGCAGCGUUGCCUGCUGCGGCGGCGAUUGUGGCUGCCACCAGUGACUCCAUAUCGCCGGUGAUGAAGGCCCGCAAAUCGUCCUCCCACAAGCAUUUGCCCGAUAAGGAUUUGGGUUCUCCAAAGUCAAAGAACUGGAAGGACUUACUCUUCCGUCGAGGCGGUGGCAGUGGCGGUGUCUCCCAUCAUCACACAGAUCUGGCAUCGCCCUCGUCGUGCGCCGUCAAGACGUGCGGCUCCAUUGGGGUGCCGCUGCGCAGUUGUCCGAUGUCCAAGCUGAAUCCAUAUGUCCCCCAUCUCGUGGAGGUGUGCACCAACAUUGUGGAGACCAAGGGGCUGAGUGUGGUGGGUAUCUAUCGGAUACCCGGCAAUAAGGCGGCCAUUUCAGAGCUCUCGGAGCUGGUGAACUCCAAGGACUUUCAGUUCGAGAGCUGUGCCAUCGAUGUGCGAUGGGAGGACGUUAAUGUGGUGAGCAGUCUGCUGAAGCUCUUCAUACGCAGCCUGCCCGACGCCCUCAUGCCGGCCAGCUACUACAUCAACUUCAUUGAGGCCGACAAGAAGCUCGGCCUGGAGCGGAUCGUACUGCUGCGGGAGAUUGUCGAGUCGCUGCCACGCCAUCCAUACGAGACGAUGAAGCAUCUGAUACGCCAUCUGUGUCGCGUCAGUGACAAUUGUGAGGUAAACCGCAUGGAGCCAAAGAAUCUGGCCAUCAUAUUUGGUCCCUCGAUCAUACGCACGCCCAACGACACACUCGAGACGGCCGUUAAGGAUAUGAAGCAUCAGUGCCGCAUCGUUGAGCUGCUCGUUACACAGUAUGAAUACUACUUUGAGGGCGGCAAUCUGCCGGAUUUGGCUGAUGUUAGUGGUGGUACGGCCAUGACCAGUGCUGCCCAGCCGCAGCAUCAGACGCAGGAGGAUCAGACGAGCAUGCUGCUGCAUAAUCUAUCGAAAAUUGAGAGGAUCACAGAGCGUGAGACGCGCACCUCACGGUUCAUUCCACAGCUACGUCGGCGCACCCAUGGCAAGCGGAGUGCCGUCAAUUCGGACACAUAUUCGGGGGAGAGUGUUCUGGUAAGCAGCGGUAGUCCAAGCAGCUCCACCACUAGCCACUCCACCAUCUCCACUUGCACCAACACCACAACCACCACCACCACCACCACAACCACCAACACCAACACCAAUCACAAAACCAUACAACAAAGACGACUGCAGCGCAAGGCUGUGCAGAGUAUUUGUGACUUUGCUUUAAUCCUGCCCGCUCCUCCUCCUCCUUCCGUUCACUUUCAGUCGCUGGACUACACCAAGGUAUCGGCCAGCAGCACCAGCAGCAGCUCCACGCUGCACAGCAGCAGCAAGACCACCACCAACACAGCCUCCUCCUCCUCCACCACCAGUCAGAGCCAGAGUCAGAGUCACAGCCACAGCACAAAGUUUAGCUGUGGCGGCGCCUCAAGCUCGAGCUCCUCGACAACAGCCGCCACCAUAAAGGCAGCAGCGGCGUCCAAGGCAUCAUCCGCAGCCUCCUUGAUAGGCACCAAGAAGCGCAGCACAAUGGGCGGCGGGGUGGGGUUCCUCGGCGGUGUCUCUCGCUCGCAGACGCGCAAAGCGAGCCUGGACGAGAAGGACUCUGGAACGAACGUCGACUCCGCCAGCAGUCUGGCCUUGAGCCUCGGCCUGGGUCUGGGCCUAGGCCUGGGACAUGGCAAAGAGCAACAACAGCAGCAGCAGCGGAGCAGCGUGGACAUAUCCAUACUCCUCACCGACGACGACUCGAGCAGCAGGCUGAGCGACACAGGUUCCAUGUCCCUCACCACCAUCACGGAUACGCUGGACAGCAAGCUGCGUAAUCUACGGAGCGGCUCAGAGUCGAAUGACGAGAAUGGAUCACCGGAAUUCCCCAAGAAUCGCCGGCACACACUCGGCCAGCCGCUGCAUCUGCACUCUGAGAACAUUCCCUAUGCGGAUGAGUCGCCCGAGCGACUCUUCCAUCAGUUCUGUCCCCUGGAUGCGCCCCAUUCGCUGCACCUGAGCCGCUCCUGCACGGCCACCAAUACGCUGGGCGCCGAGGAGAAGCCCACGACCAUGAAGCAAGCCAUGGCUAUGGCUGGAGUGGCACCCCUGCCGCCCAGCCUACUGAAGGCAGCGCACAAGCUGCAGCACUCGGCCACGGUGCCCAUACACCAGAUACAGAUACAUCCGGGCAGCGCUACGGCACCGGCCAGCGGAGCUGCAACGCCCACCAGCGCCAGCACAGGUGGAGGAUCCACCCCAGUGGCGGGCACACCCACCAACAGUGCUGGAGGUGGCGUAACCCAGCGCAGUUCGGGAGGAGGAGCCGGGAACCCAAGUGGCGGCAAAAAUAUGCAUCUGAGAUUCAGCACAUCGCAGGCGUACGAGCGACAUCAUGGCGCCGGUGCUGGUGGCGGUGGUGGUGCUGCAUCCGAGGACGACGAUUCGGAGGGCUCAACCACGAGCGAUCCCAAGGAGAAGCUGCUGCUGGCAGGCGAACGACCAUCGCCGUCGUUUUUUCUCGAGCGCUACAACAAGAAGCGGCGGGACCAUCGGCUCUUUCGCAGUGCCAGCUUCAAUUGUCGCAACUAUUCGACGCGACACAUGAGCAGCAGUAGCUCCACGGCGGCCGGAGCGGCCACAGCGACUGUGGCAACGGUGGCCGCCUGCUGUCAGUCACCAUCAUCGGCCCUGGCCACGGGCCUGACCAAGGACGAAAAGACUGACAUGAAUCUGACCAAGAAGCGUCAGAUCCAGAAUAAGCAGAAUAGAUCCAUUAAGCGCCGCCACACCGUGGGCGGACCGCACGACUACUCGGCCAAUGGGGGCUGCAGCACACACGGACAUGGCCAUGGUCAAGCUCAAGGCCAAGGCGGUGGUCAUGGUGGCCACGAUCUGGCCGCCAUUAACUACAACCAUCACAAUCGGCAUCAUCAGCAGCAGCUGCUCAAGGGAUCCGUUGUGGUUGUCGGCGUUGGCGGGAAUGUAGCUGCGGCUGCGGAGACCACAACCACAACGACAACCACCACAACAGUGCUGCGUCGCCUAGGUUCGGGCACGGCAUUGGGAUCGGUUUCGGGUGCGGUUACAGGUACGGGCGGUGUUCCCAGCGAUCUGAAUGUGGCAUUGCCCGGCGGCACUGUUUCGAGUUCUAGCUCCAGUAACAGCGGCAGCGGUGGCUCCUCAAACAGCAGCACCAACAACAACAAUUCGCCACAAAGCGAUGGCAGCAAUGGGAAUGCAGGAGGAGCAGGAGCAGGAGCAGGAGUAGGUGCUGGUGGUGCAUCGAAUGCCCCACCAUCAUCCGGAAGCAGCAGCAAUAGCAGCACACCCACCAAUGUGGUGGCUGGUCCUGCUGCAGGCGGAGGUGAUCAAGUCCUGGAGGUGGGAAUACGCAUUAAGAAUAUCAAUCGCGGACGCUACUAGAGCGGCGGAUAUGUGAGGAGAUCAUUUGGAGCUUACAGCAGCAGCAGCAGCAAACAGUUUAAAUUAGUAUUACAUAAUGGUUUGUAUACAUAUAUGUAGAGAGAGAUAUAUAUGUAUGUUGUAUGUAUGUAUAUGUGUCUAUAUCUAUGCCAAUACAAGGAUCGAUGGGGAGUUGUGUCCGUGAGUCGAGGUUUCGAAACAUAUUGCAGGGCACGACAUACGCACACAGAUAACACAGAUAACGAGAAUACAAAACGGAAAUCCGACACUACAAAUAAGAGUGUGCAAAGGAGUCCUUGCCAUUUAGAUCUUAGAUCUUUUUGGGCACUCUAUAUGGGAGGAUGAGAGCGAGACAGUAGCGAGAGAGACCGACACAACUCCCAAAACGAAUGCAAACAAAACAAAAACAAAAA